AGCUGUUUCCGAUGACCGUAAAACAGCUCUGCUGCUCCAUAACAUGGGUGACAAGGGUGUAGAAAUAUACAAUUCGUUUAAUUUGGAGCCAAAGCAAACCUUUGAAGAAGUCCUAAAGAAAUUUAAUGCAUAUUUCAUUCCUAAAGUUAACAUCACGAUGCAACGCCACAAAUUUUUUACAAGGGCACAAGGAGCUACAGAGUCCUUCGACGAUUUCCUUACUGACCUUCAGAACAGAAGUAUGACAUGCAACUUCAGUGACAAGAGAGAGGAACUCGUGAGAGACGUUAUCGUUAUAGGUCUAGCUAAUACCGCUAUGAAGGAGAGGCUUCUGCGCACGGAGGAUCUGACGCUGCAGAAGACCAUCACCAUGUGCAGAGCUGCGGAAUUGUCUCAAAAGCAAGUUACGGAACUAACGAAUGAGAUAGCUGCCACCUCCGUGCUCAACGUCAGCACUGCGCCAGUACAUAACGUCAACAAUGUCAAUACUUCAAAAACAAGAAGCGUCAAGACAAGAAAAUGCUAUCGCUGCGGCAAUAACUGGGAUCGCACGCAUCAAUGCCCAGCUAUAGGUUGCAAGUGCCAGAAGUGUGGUAUUCCUAAUCAUUUUGCGAAGGUUUGCAGAAACAAACAGGUUGCAGCCAUAACAGAGAAGCAGGUUGAAGACGACAGCGAGGAGUCCUUCUUCGUUGGCUGUAUCAACAGUGAGUGUGAAUGCGAAUGAAAAUGCAAUUCCCAGAGCCGAUCCACCUCGUCGGGUCCCUAUAGCACUAAGACAGAGCCUUAAGGACGAGUUGGACAAUAUGGUGAGACAGCAAAUAAUCACCAAAAAUGAGGAUCCGAUGGAGUGGGUCAACUCAUCUGUUGUAACAAAAAAGAAGAACAAUAAAAUACGCGUAUGUAUUGACCCUCGGUAUUUAAAUAAAUUCAUUAUCAGAAAACACAAGCAAUUGCCAACGGUUGAUGACAUACUAGAUAAGUUAUCAGGCUCUAAGUAUUUUUCUAAAUUUGACUGUAGCAGUGGGUUUUGGACAGUACAACUUGACUCAGAAAGUUCAAAGUUAUGCACAUUUUCUACUCCAUUUGGUAACUACUCCUAUAAACGAUUGCCAUUUGGACUUUCUGUGUCAACAGAAGCGUUUCAGGAACGCAUGGAAGAGACUUUUAGUGAUAUUGAUAAUGUACAAUUUUAUGUCGAUGAUUUAAUAAUUUAUGCCAGCACGGUGGAAGAACAUAAUAAAGUGUUACUAAAUGUAUUAAAAAGAGCUCAAGAAUGUAAUGUCAAAUUCAAUAGGGAGAAGUCCCAAGUUCUGUGUAGAGAAAUUUCAUUUCUUGGCAUGAUUGUAAGUGACCAAGGGGUUAAACCUGAUCCAAUUAAAGUAAUGGCCAUUUCCGAAUUAAAAUGCAUUCAUGAUAAGAAAGAACUUGAACGAUUUUUAGGAAUGACAAAUUACUUGUCAAAAUUUAUCAACAAUUACUCGACUAUUACAAGCCCGUUGCGCGAGCUUCUUAAAAAAGACAUAUUAUUUAAAUGGCUUCCUUCUCAUGAAAAUGCUUUUAAUAAACUUAAGGAGGCAUUAACAAACGCUCCCACGCUUAAAUUAUUUGACAGUAAUAAAGAUGUUGUCGUUUCGGUAGAUUGCAGCUCGGAAGGAGUAGGCGCUUGUCUUUUACAAGACAGACAGCCUAUUGCAUACGCUUCUAAGGCACUAACUGAAUGUCAGAAAGGUUAUGCCCAGGUUGAACGCGAGAUGUUUGCUAUUGUAUUUGGAUGCAUCAAAUUCCAUAAGUAUAUUUUAGGAAAACAUACCCUAGUUGAAACCGAUCAUUCGGCAUUAGAAAUUUUAUUUAAAAAACCCCUGUCUUUAGUACCUGCAAGACUACAAAGAAUGAUGCUUAAAAUACAAGGGUAUGACAUUACUGUUAAGUAUGUACCUGGAAAACAAAUGUAUAUAUCAGAUUUUCUCAGUCGCUCUUUCCUAGUUGACAAGAAUGAUGAAACGAAGGAAUUUGAUGAAGAAUUCAACAAAGAAAUUGUUUGUCAUGUUGAGGUCAUGAUAGAUUCGUUGCCUAUUUCAAGUGACAAGCGACAACUCAUUGCCAUGAAAACGAACGAGGAUGCCACAUUGUCCUGUUUAAAAGACUAUAUACAUAAUGGUUGGCCAAAUUCUAAGAAUAACCUAAAUGAAUUAGUAAAACCUUUCUGGAAUUUUCGCAAUGAGUUGUCCCUAGUCGACCAGAUAAUUUUAAGAAAUAAUCUUAUUGUGAUUCCAGUAGCAUUACAAAAAAUGAUGCUAGAAAUUAUUCAUGAAGGUCACUUAGGAUUAAAUACAUGUCUUCGGAGAGCUAAAAACGUUCUAUUUUGGCCUGGAUUGACAAGUCAAAUUAAAGAACUCUGCAACAACUGUCAAACAUGUGCCUUAUUUAGGAAAAAUAAUACUAAAGAACCAAUUCAAUUUCAUGACAUACCUAGACUACCAUGGCUAAAGUUAGGCACUGAUCUUUUUGAAUUUAAUAAACAAUACUAUCUGGUUGUUGUAGAUUAUUACAGUAAAUUUUUUGAAGUUGCUCGAUUAAAUGACUUGUCUUCAAGGACUAUCAUCAAUCAUAUUAAGUCUAUGAUAGCUAGACAUGGUUGUCCUUUAGAGAUUGUAAGUGACAAUGGUCCACAGUAUUCUUGUAAAGAGUUUAAAGAAUUUGCGGAUGCAUAUGGUUUUAAGCAUAUUACUUCGUCUCCUGACUACCCAAAGUCGAACGGUUUAGCCGAAUCUUCGGUCAAAAUUGUCAAAUCUAUACUAAAAAAAUGUAAAGAGGAUAACACAGAUCCUUAUAUUGCGUUAUUAAAUUUCAGAAAUAGUCCGAAGGAAAAUAGCCCUUCUCCAGCUAAUCUUUUGUUCAAUCGGAACCUUAAUGACCGUUGUCCUGUGUCUGCAAAUUAUUUAAAGCCUAAAAUAUAUACUAGAAAUUAUUUCUUAGAUAAAGAGUUGCAACAUAAGGUUGAAAACCACUACGAUAAAACUGCUAGGUCUCUAAGAGAAUUAGAGAUAGGUCAGGGUAUCAUGUUUAAGAAAAAGAUGUCAGAUGAUCGCUGGCAAAAAGGAAGUGUUGUAAAGAAGGCUGACUUCCCUCGUUCUUAUAUUGUAAAGGAUGAACAAGGUCGCCAAUAUAGGAGAAACAGACAACAUUUGCGUAAUAUAAAUGAAUAUGAGUCAACUAAUUGUACUGAAAAUGAGUCUGUUAAUCCUAACUCUUAUGUUAUAAACUAUGAUAGUAAUGAUAGCGACUGUGAAUCCUUUUAUGAAGCAGAAGAAACUGAUGAUCAGGAGCUCAUUGAUACAAGUGAAGCGAGUCAAAGCUCUACUGGAAUCAAUGAUACUCCGGAACCAAAUCUUGACUUGUAUAAGACGAGGUCUGGACGAAUAGUCAAGGCUCCGUCGAGACUAAUUGAAUCUUAGUUAUAGUUGUAGUUAUAAUACCUAUAUACUUUACUCUUUGAGUUAUAAUUCUGUGAAGGAGAGGAAUGUUACGUUAUGGUAAUAGUCUAUGGUUUUAGUUUAUGGUCGAAUUUGGAUUUGGAUCGGGUUUAAUA